AUGGUCCGAAACAUUCGCCGCAAGGCUGCGCUAGCCAAGUCCAAGCGUCGGCGAGACUCCGACGUCUCCUCUUCCCUCGACCUUUCCUCGGACGGCGGAUACUCCGCACUCGAAGAAGUUAGCGACUCCGAAGACAACGACGAGGAGGAUGUAUAUGCGGCCGAGGAGAAGCAUAUAAUUCAGGGCGUGACCAAGGCUCGUCACGCACCUUCUCCCCGGCCCCCUGACCAAAACGAAGAAGAAGACGCCGACGAAGAGGAAGCAGACGGCGCGGCUAGCGAUGACGACGACGACGACGACGACGAUGAGUUGGAGGAGCUGGAUGACGCCGACUUUGCCGAGCUCGCCAACGAGAUGGACACCAGCAGUGGCCACCGCGACGGUACUUUGGCUCUCAAGGCCAAGUUCGUCGACGACGGUGCUAGCUGGAACGGUGUCUCCGAAUCGGAUGCCAACCAGGCUGGAGGCCGGGCGACACCCGCAAAGCGCCAGGUACGCUUUGCCGGCGUUCCAGACAGCGACAGCGACUCUACCACCAGCGACGUAUCUCUGCGUGAUAGCCAGUACUUCCCCGACAUAUUUGUCGAGCAGGGCUCGCUUGACCCCGGCUUCCGCCGCGAGAUUGAGCACGACUCGGAUUCAUCCGUGAGCUCGUCCUUCUGGGAUUACAGCUCCGGUUAUGGCCUCGAGCAGGAGCCCCUCAUCCACUUCUCGGAUGCCGACCUGCUGGCCGCUGAGCUGCCCGAUCCAAAUGCGGAUGUUUUCCCCCAGGCUCUCGCAGACGAAGAAGAGAAGAAAGUAAAGGAUGAAGAUGAGGAGGAGGACGAUGCUGAACUUGAUGGCUAUGAAACCGACGGCGAUACGACUGAGGAUGAAGAGCCAGAGUUCAUCCCCAUCCGGCGAAAGCUGGCCCGCCGCAUCCAGCUCAUCGACAGCGACGAGGAAUUCUCAGACCCAGACUCGGAUGCGGAGGUGCCCCUUCAGCGCCAGGGUCAGCCGCGUGCUAGACGGUAUGUCUUGACUCCAAAGCGUGGCAAACGGCCUGUUGCCUUCAUCCACCCGCAUACCGGCAAGAUGGUCAUCUACACGCCCCAGAAAGCUCCCCACCAGCAACAGGAGCAGCAGCAGCAACCGCAGCAGCACCUAGAUAUCAUGUCUGAUCCUUUGUUCGACCUGAACCCGCUUCUUCUUCCGCCCCAGAACGACGUGACCCAGUCAUCCCCGCUCAUGAGCAAUUCCUCGUCAGUAAUGAUGGGUGCUAUGAUUUCUUCCAACACAUUGGGCGACUACAUGCAGACCCACAACAUUGGCCCUAUCGAGGCCUUCUUCCCCAAUCUCAGUUCCGACCUGUUCGUUGCCGAAGAUAGCGACUUCUCCGGCGAAUAUAUUGAGGACGAUGGCGAGUCAAAUCUUCGCAUCGAGGACUUUAUCCAGUUCGACCGUAACACGGCCGAAAGUGGUGACGGAAAUGGCGUUGUUGACCCUGCCGACGAGUUGUUUGAUUUGUCGGUCCCGGCCCCGAUGCCCGGUGACGAGUUGUUUCUCGAUCUGGACAGCGGCGUGCAAGAUGAGGACGAUGCCUUGACACCUCUGGCGACACCCAUGGGCCCACCUGCAAACCGCCGCCCGUCAUUUGCUGCCAGCAGCUCGAUUGGUGCUGACGAUGAGCAGGAGGACAAUGUUGGCGAGGACGACAACGCCAUGCCCCCUCUGCUGGCACACUUUGGCAAGAACUCGGACACCGUCAGUGCUUUCCGCCGCAACCAAAUCAACCAGCAGCUGAUUUACAGCAACAAGGCGACGGCGGACUCGCUGGCCUUUUCGGGCCCCUACACUAUGGGCACCCUGCGCGGCAUUCGGAAUGGCAGUCUCGAGGCAGUCACCACUCCAAUCACGCCGCCGCGGCGACCUAAGCAGCGCCAGACCUUGAAUGGCUUUGGCACAGAAUUCAACGUGCAGAGCCCGCAGGAAUCUCCAGUACAGAAACGCAAGGCCUCGAGCUCGAUGGCCGAUGUUGCUAACCACAAGCGGCAACGCAGCAUCUCUGAUCUCAACAAUAUCUUUCUAUAG